CUGAUGUGCCGUGAGCAGUGGGAGCACCGGCCCUUCAGCCCUGGUGCCGCCCGGCCUGGUUAACCAGGAUGGACCCUGCUCAUUCCCACAGGGUGGAGCCGGACGGCCUGGACCUCCAGCAGGUCCCGGUGCUGUCGCUCGAACAGAUACGCGCCAUCCGGGCCAACAACGACUACGUGGACCGGCCCGUGGCGCUGGAACCGGCAUCCCAGUCUGGAUUUUUCAAUGUCCACGACGAAGGUUAUCCUCAAGGAGUGUACUCGCACCGUCCCCAGUCGUCCUUCCACUCGGCCCUGUCCCGCAGCCAAAGUCAGCAGCAGCACGCUCACCUGGCCCACCUGAGCCGUUCCAGUACCAUAAGCUCUUCCAUGUCCCGGACAAGUGCCACGUCGGACCAGCGGCUGCUCGGGGGUUUGCCGUCGUCUCACUCCGGCCUGGGCUCGGUGGUCCGUGCUCAGCCCAAAGGAGAACUAAAGCCCGACGUUUCCUUCGGUAAAGGCCUGACGGACGACGAGGCCGACCUCGGCCUUCACUCGUUCAUCUGCGAGCGGUGCGGUCGCUGCAAGUGCCACGAGUGCUGCGCGCCCCGCCGCCUGCCUUCCUGUUGGGCCUGUGGACAGCGCUGCCUGUGCUCGGCCGAGAGCGCGGUGGAGUACGGCACCUGCCUGUGCUGCGUCAAAGGUCUGUUCUACCACUGCUCCGCCCAGGACGACGAGGACAACUGCGCCGAUCGCCCGUGCUCCUGCACCCCCGCCCACGCUUGCGCCCGCUGGGGCACCAUGGGGCUGCUGGCGCUCUGCCUGCCCUGCCUCUGCUGCUACCCCCCCGCCAGGCUGUGCCUUGCCCUGUGCCAGCGUGCCCACGACCGGGCCGCGCGCCCCGGCUGCAGAUGUAGCAACACCAACACCGUGUGCCGCAAGAUCUCCGCCUCCAACCCGAACCCCGGUCAUCCCGCGCUCCGCAGCAAGGCCCUGGAGAAGCCGUUAUGACAGACCCUAGAUGGGGGCCAAGGUAAAUCCACUUCCCUCAGCCGUCGCCAAAGCAAUGCUGUCGCCAACGGUGCCACAGCUGACCAUGUGACCCGCCUACCUACAUACAACAAGCCAACCAAUCAGCCGACCGUGAAGUGUUGUUCACCUUAUGUACCUUGACUUGACUUCUUCUCCAGCUCAGGAGGGACCAAAGCUUUAUUGUGCCUGUUCAUGUUGGGAGUCUUCAUGCCUAAAAAACUAAAUCCUGAAGAAGAAGAAGAAGCUGUUGUGCUUUGCUGGACUGCCCUUCAACCUUAAGCUUCCAGAGAGAAAAACAAACCACCUCUCUCUGCAUUCUGUGGUGUCAUCUGGUCGCGUUACCCUACUUUAUUUAUUGUUGAACCUCCUUCUUCCCCGACCGUUUGAGAAAAAGAAAAACUCACAGAGCACAGAAGAGACGGGCGGGCGCUGGACCAAAUCAUGAAGGAAAGAAGCCUGUGGCGACGUGUGUGUGUGUGUGUGUGUGUGUGUGUGUGUGUGUGUGUGUGUGUGUGUGUGUGUGUGCGUGCGUGUGUGGUCCCUGCCAAACAGAGUUUCUGUCCUCUUGAUAAGAGAGACUCUGAAGGAAGAAUGGCCGACGAGGACUUCAAUCACAAUGACAUUCAGAAAAAUUCCUCCAAACAGUUGAAGAUGAAUGAAGAAAAAAAACGACAUUGAGCUUUGGUGAAUAUCAGACUGGGACAAAGAACCAAGGCGAAGAGAGUGCGAUACACAGACACUUGUUUGCGACCAAAAAAAAAAAAAGGACCACGCACUGUACGAACUGAGUGAAUUCCAAUGCUAUUAAGCUCAUUUGUAAAAGGAAAAGCACUGUGAGGUAGAUGGACAAUGUUUUCCCCAAGCAGCCGAGAGCUGAAUGGGAGAUUAUUUAACCGGGAGGGAGGGUGCAUCCAUUGUGACUAGGCAGCGUGUGUGUGUGUGUGUGUGUGUGUGUGUGUGUGUCCUCCUACUGUACGACAACCUGUGUAUGUAGAGCGUGUGUGUGUGUGUGUGUGUGUGUGUGUGUGUGUGUGUGUGUGUGUGUGUGUGUGUGUGUUGUUUUGUCAGCAGAAGAAGCCUCCCUUGUCUUAUUUUUAGCAGCGUUUCUACAGUGGAGCUCUGAGGGGUCUGGUCAGGUUUCCUCCUGAAGUCAGUCUGUCGCCAUCCUCCCUCCUCCUCUGACCGACCUCCUCCAUCCUCCCUCCUCCUCCUCUGACCGACCUCCUCCAUCCU